AUGCCACUUUAUGCCAAAUUUUUAAAGGAGCUCAUGACAAGGAAGAGGAAUUGGGGAGAGAAUGAGACUGUAGUGCUCACUGAGGAGUGUAGUGCCAUAAUACAAAAGAAGCUUCCGCAGAUACUGAAAGAUCCUGGGAGCUUCCGAAUCCCCUUUAUCAUUGGGGAUAUAAACAUGAAAAAGGUACUAUGUGAUCUAAGAGCCAGCAUCAACCUCAUGUCCUUGGCUAUGAUGAAGAGGGUGAGAAUAGAAGAGGCCAAGCCAACAAGAAUGUCACAUCAAUUGGAUGACAGAACAUUUAAAUUUCCCCAUGGUGUAGUAGAGGAUUUGUUGGUGAAAGUGGGAGAGUUCAUCUUUCCAGCUAAUUUUGUUGUGCUUGAUAUGGAAGAAUAG